AUGCUCUCUCAUCCCGCUUCGCCGGCAACCGAUCUCAACCCAUCGGGAAGGCCACCGGACGUGUUGCAACCCAUCCCAGAGGAAGGAGAUGGGGCUGAAGCUGCGUCUCCAAACCCUCGACCGGACGAGACGUCCAUGUUGAUAGAUCCUGCACCGCUGCCGUUACCAAAGGGUAUCACCGAGCCUUCCCUCGCUGUGGUGCCGCCUGUUUCUUACGCGAGUAUCGUAACAGGGCAGACCCAAGAAGCCAACAAAUCGAAGAGCUUGUGGAUGCCGGUUGGGGAACAUGAUCUGAUACCGGGGACCUUCAACGGAGAACCGGAGCUGAAAGUCUCUAAUGCCUUCAGAGAAAAGCUGUGUACUCAAUGGAAGCGUACCCUGGUGGUACGUACCAUGGGGUUGAACAUCUCCUUUCUGACAUUCAGCAAUAAAAUUAAAGCUAUGUGGCGUCCGACUGGAUCGAUCGACAUCAUGGCGCUAGAGCAAGAGUGUUUCUUGGUGAAGCUGGAUAAUGAUACAGACUAUUUUCGAGCGCUAACAGAGGGACCCUGGACCAUCUUCGAUCACUAUUGUAUAGUCUUCCAAUGGACGCCGGCGUUUCGCCUGUCCGAUGAGCUGCCGAAGACGAUGGUGGUCUGGGUUCAACUUCCAGCCUUCCCGAUUCAUUUCUACCAUCAAGAGAUUCUGUUCUCAUUAGGGAACCUGAUUGGGCGAGCAAUCAAACUGGAUUUCCACACGCAGCAUCAACAACGUGUCAAAUUCGCCCGGAUGGCCGUCGAGCUUGACUUGUCCAAACCCCUGGUAACUCGCAUUCGGCUGGAUGGCAAAUGGCAGUACAUAGAGUAUGAAAAUCUGCCGAAUGUGUGUUUCGAGUGUGGAAAAGUAGGGCACAUGACAGCGACCUGCCCAUCCCUGCGCGAACCUACACUUUCGAUUGUGGCCGGAGCCGUCACCAAGGCGCCGGAAAAAAAUUCGGAAGACUCGUCGGAGGACAAGGCUGGGUUCGGUCCGUGGAUGCAGGUAACACGACGAUCACGGCGGAGAAAUCGGGCCCACGAGAAAGGAAAUUCGGAUGGCAAUCAGGGAGAUCUCAUGGCUGAUGGAAAAAUCGAGAAAGGAAGGUCUGGGACGAAAAUUGUGGAAAGUUUGUCAGGAAAUAAGGGGGGGAAUAAGGCUUCGCAGGGCCAACGGGUAGAAAAUCACAAACAAGGCAAGCCUGAUAAAGGGAAAGUCUCUGAGGGUUCGUCGCAAAAAGGGAAAGAGAAAACAGGAAAGGCUUCAGCGGAAACGUCGACAGGCGGCAAGGGUGUUCUGGGCCCUAUACCUUCAAAGCAAAAGGCCUUAAACUUGGGGCCCAACAGGCCAGAGUUGGAUCAAGGAAUGAGACGGGAUGUGGGAUCGAUUGAUUCGGACAGCAGUGAUGGGCCUAACCACAAUAAAACCAAAGCUGUUUCACAAAAUGGACUUGGUCCAUCUAGCUCCGACCCUCCGCCAACGCAUCUGGUCAAAGGCCCAAACAACACCUAG